AUGCGAUCUUACGAACACCGUCUCAUUGGCUCAGCCAUAAACAUCCCCGUCAGCCCUCAAACUCCUGUCUUUUCGUUCAGCCCUAUCGUUCUACCCUUCUCAGACCGACCCGUUGACUUGGACUUGAAAGUCACAGUCCCUGCAACUGGAGAUGCUCUUCCUAUAAUCCUGCUCUCUCACGGCCAAGGCCAAAGCAACAACCUUAACUCCCAAGAGGGUUACACUCCUAUUGCUGAAUUCUGGGCUGCGCACGAGUUUGUAGUGAUUCAGCCUACGCACUUAUCCUCUCUAUCAAUCACUGUCGAUUCACCCCCUGAAGGCAGCGAAUAUUACUGGCAAGACCGUGCCCAGGAUCUAGUUAGAAUUCUCGACGAGAUUGACACCAUCGAGGCAUCUGUCCCUGGACUAAUGGGGCGGUUGGACAAGACUAAGGUCGCCGUCGCGGGACACUCCCUUGGGUCAUGGACAGCAAGUCUUCUUUUAGGUGCUAAGAACGUCGAUCCACGCAACGGGACCUCCUUUGAGAAGUUUGAUAAACGCAUCAAGGCCGGGGUAUUACUUGCCGGCACGGGAAAUGCAGGCGCGGACCUUUCUGAUACGGGACGCCUCAUGGUUCCCUUUUAUGGACCUGACUUCAGCGGAAUGAAGACGCCAACUCUUGUUGUAUGUGGAGACCAAGACGUGAGCCCGCACCUAACAAUCCGUGGUGCCGACUGGCAUGCGGAUAGUUAUUACCUUUCUCCGGGCUCCAAAGACUUGGUGUGGAUCAAGGGGGGAAAGCACGGACUUGGGGGUGUGAGUGGUUGGGAUGCGGCGGAGACGCAGGACGAGAGUCCCCAACGACUAGGGGCAGUUCAGCGAAUGACAUUGGCAUAUCUCAGAAGUGCACUCCACGGGGAUAACUCUUGGGACGAGGCUCGUGAUGCGUUGAAGCAACUCAGUGAACUGGGUACAAUUGAGAGUAAAUGA